AUGGGAAUUUGUGGUUCCAAAGAAGCCCGCGGGUCGUCACCAACCGCUCUCCCAAACUCUACGGAGCCCAAAGUUCAGAAAAAACCGCCAACGUCAAACAAGCGUAAAGAUGGACAUAGAUUGGGAAGCUCUACGGAAACCGAGAAGCCCGAUUUAAGCGCAAAAGAUCUGGCUGCAAAGGCCGCUCAGGAAAGAUUUGAUCAAGAAAAGAAGAAGAACGAAACGGGACAACUCGGGAAGAAGUUAGCCGUAGAAAAGAAGAAGACUUCAAAGGAUCACGCAUUGGAGACGUACACGAACAAAAACAAAACAGAGCUGGUUUAUGAUUGA